AUGUCUGGCCUCAAUCUCAACCCGGCCAUCGCCAAACUGCUCAACAAUGGCCAGGUGAAUUGCAUGGUGUGCGCGCUACAAGUCAAGCCGAAAGCCUGGACCGCCCAUGUCAACGGAAAGAAGCACCGCGAUAAUGUCGACAAGUUGAAGAAGCAAAUGGCGGCUAGAAAAGCGCAACCCGCUGUCGAGGAAGAGCCGGUUGCCAAGCGGGCUAGAAAUGAUGAUGAUGAGGAGUCGCAGAUGAACGGCGGUUUGCCCUCAGACUUUUUCAGCGCAACCUCCGGGGCCUCAACGUCAACCCCGUGGCAGCGCGGCCGAGAAAAAGAGAAUAAGGAGGCGCAGCCGUUGAAGCAAAAGCUCGGCGUGAUUGAGCAUAUUCCGCAAGGCUUCUUCGACGAUAAGCGCGAUCAAAUGACCGAGGAGGCGCUGCGCAAAAAGGAGAAACACGAUGCCGAAUAUGAUAGACUGAUGAAGGAGAUCAAUGCACAGGAUUUGGACGUGCAAAAUAAGAUGGAGGAGGAGGAGCAGCGGGAGUUCCGGGAGCGAGACAUUGAAUUGGCCGAUGAGCAGAUGGAAAUGUGGGAGCAGGCGCAUCGACUUGAGUUGCAUUUGGAGGAGACGAAAGCUCGCGCCUCUGGAAAUGCGCCAGCCGAAGAGGAGAGUGACGACGAAGCAGAUGAGGAUGUCGUGCACAGUCUCAACAGGUACCCAUCGCGACCAUCGCCCAGAUCACGCGAUAACAGUGGAUACCCUAGAGUUCUGUCCUCUGAAACGAUAUCAUUUUUCCAGGUGGACGUCGGUGGCGGCGCGGGGAUGGCCACGCCGCUAUCCUCCGCCGGCUCCAUGAUGCCACCGCCACCCACGGAUUGGCAACAUUCGCAGUUUUCGCCCAACGCGGAUGAAUUCCACCCGUUCGUGGAGGCCCUCCUACCCUACGUCAAGGAUUUCGCCUACGUCUGGUUCAACCUGCAAGCCGCAAAACGAAAAUACUUCAAAAAGCACGACAAACGUAUGACGAUGGAAGAAGAGAAGGUCGUCAAGGAGGAAUUAAUGAAUGAACGGCAAGAGGUCAAGCAAAAGUGGGCCGGUCGUUUGAUCGGAAAACUAAGAAAAGACAUACAGCCGGUGUAUCGAGAAGAUUUCGUGUAUUCGGUAACCGGACAACGAGCCGCCGUUUGUGUGUGCUCGAACCCCGAUCAAAAAGGUAAAAUGCGGCGGAUCGAUUGUCUGCGCCAAGCCGACAAAGUAUGGCGGCUCGAUUUGGUGAUGGUCAUCCUCUUCAAGGGUAUCCCGUUGGAAUCAACUGAUGGAGAACGUCUAGAAAAGUGUAGUGAAUGUCUAUAUCCACAGUUGUGCAUCAACCCGUACCACAUUUCGAUCGCCGUCCGCGAGCUCGACCUUUUCCUGGCCAAUUUCAUCCACACACGCAACCCAAUAGUCCUCAGCGACCCGGACAACGCGCCAGAUGAUGACCCAUUGUCAAACGAAGAAGGCAUCUGGGGGACGGGCGUCUUCUCGGCAUACGAGCUGAAAAAUUUGACCAAGCACACAUUAAUGACCGCCCCCGGGUCGUCACUCCUUGGCGGUGGUGGUGGCGGCGGAGCGCUUCGGAUUAAAACGCACGAUUGGAAUCUCUCAGGUGCAUCGACCCCAAGGACCAAUGAUUCCCCACCCAGCCCACCCGCAUCGGCAUUGGCGGCAGUCAAAAAUUGUCUGGGCCACGAUUUGACGCCGAGCACCUCAAAGGGGAACGUCGGUGAAAAUGUCGAUAUAAUGUGCGAGGAGCCCGACGAGAAGCGCAUGCGACACGCAUCCCGGGAAUCGGUGGGCAGCGCCAACGAAGAGGUACGUCGGAUUGUGCAACAGGGCGGUCAGGGCGUCGGGUGGAUCGAGCCGUCCACGCAUGAUAAAAGUCUUCUGCAACAACACGGCCUGACUGAUUCACCGCUGAAACCAGAGACGAAAUCGAGUGCAUUUACGGCGGCGCCGUCCAGAAGGCCGAGUGACUACUCUGGGCAUACACAAAUGUCCGCCGUACGGGCGUUAGUCGUCGACCAAGCGGCGGCCCGUGAACGACAAAACCACUUCCGCCCCGCCGCCCCCUCCAGCUCACAAGCACAAACAAUACGGUAUCGUCCCGUCGCCGGGAUGAUGCGCCUGAUGCAGCAACAGCAGCAACAACAACAGCAGCACCACCACCCUCAACGUGCCGAAGAGAAUUUCUACGCUCAAGCUCGGCAGGGCCACACGACACCGUUGAGACGGGGUCAAGCACCUCUGAUCUCAACGCGAAAACGGAUCCACAACACCAACACGACGGCCGCCUACAACCCGGCGCGGGCCGCUGAACAGACCUACAAUGGCAUCAUGCAACUCGACAAAGUCACCGCCGAGCGGAACCGGAACACCGCUGCCGCCCAAACCCUCCAGCUACCCGUCACAACGACCACCGCCUCGCCCGUCACCCCCGUGAACACGAGCCCAGAAUCGGCGAACCUCGUCGCGAUGCACAUUUUGCGCGGCCGCGACAGCACCAACCCCUACCACGCCAGCCCGACAAAGUUUACGAACGCGAAUGGGGAUCUGGUGUCGUUUACGGAUAUUCUGCGAACGGUUGAGGCACAGCAUAAGAAUGUCGUCACCACGCAGCAAAGCCCAAUCGCCAUCACCUCCGUGACGAGCCCUGUCGCGGUUGGUCAGCCGCCAGUCCGCGACUUCUUGACCCGGCCGGACAACACGGCGAAAUUGGUAACCCCGCGCCCCAUUAACCCCACCGUCACUUCUGCCAAUUUUGCACUUGGCGCCAUGGUGGCUGCUCAGGCAGCUGCCAAUUCCCCGUUCCAACUGAUUGGUAGCGGCUGCUCGAGCCCGUUGACAACGGGUGAUGCCCGGCAGGCCCUCAACCAUUUGAUGAACCAGAACCAAUUGUUGGAGACGAUUAUAUUGUCUGCCGGCAACUCGGCGGUAAAUUCACCGCUCGGCACGCCCCGCUGCACCCCGAAUAUCUUUUCUUCGAUGAGAUUGCCGGGCAAUGACGAAGAUACGAACGGCAGCGCCCCUGCACUCACCGUCCUCCCCACAAAUGGCAAUUCUCAAGACGCCCUUCGUGACGUGUCGAACAGCUUCCUGCAGUACAUCAACGACGCCAACUCGCGAUCGCCCACCACUGGGCUGGCGCCGACGAUGAACGGGUUGCUGCCCAACAGUCUGCAAAUGGCCACCGCGUUGAAUGGGCAGGGUUCAAUGAAUAAUGGCACGGCACAUCUACUUGGCCAAGUGCUGUCUACGAUGCCGCACGUUCUCGCGGCCGGAAACACGGCUACCAGCCCGUUACUGGCCAAUCAGGUCACUUUACUGGCAAAUGGCAUCAUCCGUCAAUCGCCGCAAAUGAUCGGCAUUGCCGCCGGAAAGGGCCCGAACGGUGACAGCCCGUCGAAUAGUAACGGCAGCAACCAAUCAACCACCACCACAUCGUCCACCGACUUUGGCACGAUGAAGCCC